AUGACAGCUUCAACGGCUUCGCACCCAACAAGCCCCCAAGAUGACAACGAACCGUCCUAUAUCGACUACGAGACGUUUCUGUCUCCCGAUUUCUCCGCUACCUCGUUUGCGAACUCUCUAGUUCUCGCCACAAACAACCCACAAGAUUCACCUUUGGACCUCUCCACGCCUCUGUCCCGCGUCCUCUUUGAUGCCCAAGAAAUUGAUUCACACAUCGACCUCCUGACGACUCGAUCGGCCGUCCCCCUCUUCGAACACGCAGGCUCGCAAGCCAAGGCCAGCAAGAAUAUAGUAAACGAGCUCGAUGCGCAAAUAAGCAGCCUCAACAGUAGCUACAAGCAGCUUGAGAAGGAGGUCAUCGAUAAGCAUGCUGAAGCAGAGGAGGUGCGCCAAGUUGCGCUGCGCUUGUGGGAGACACUUGCGCUUAGCCAAUCCGUCGCCAGGUGUCUUCAGCUGGGCAAGACGCUGGAGAUUCAAACAGCAGAGCUUGGAAGCUCUGGUUUUGAUGACGAUCACAACGCGCUGAUACGCUGUUCGUAUACAGUGUUAUCGCUUCGCGAAAUGUUGGACAGCAAGGCGCCUGGGGAAGAAGGCCACGGCCUCCGGAAAGUUGACGCGAUUCGCGGUCUCCAAGACGGUGUUAUAACGCCAAUCGAAAGAAAUGUUCGGGAAGCAUCAGAGCGAUUCCACUAUACUUACUAUCGCCAACAACGGGCAUAA